GUCCUCUUGUUUGUUAGAUUAAGGCUUCCUUGUGCCCCUGGGCUGUCCGUCCAGCUGUAAUUAACCGAGAAUCUGCGCCACCUUGGCCCCGCCAAUUUGGAUAAACUGAUCUAGCUGGGUGAUUUUAUUAUACAAUAAAAAAACGACGCCACUGCCAUCAUUUACUAAAACAGCUGUAAAUCGACUUUUAUUCGUUCACAUAGUUCAACGGAACAAGCCCCAACGGCUGAAAAUCAACGUCGCAUCGCGACUACAACAUUUUCACAAUCAUACUAUCGAGUCCUAGACCAUAGACGACAGGCAGACAGGCAUUCCUCCUUCUAAUCAUUGUCGUAUAUAAUGGGACACGCGGACCUGAUGACUUCUACCCUCGACAUGGAAGUUCUUUCGAUGUCUGUGGACACUUUACAUUCCGAUGUUGAGGAAAGCUUAUAUCGCCUGCGCGUAGGCAGUCAAGUGAAAUAUAUCACCAUCGAACCGGGAACCUUCCCUAGUGAUGUGCUGUCCUUCCCUAUGGACCUACUCCCCCUCCUGCCACAUCUGCCGCCAGGCAAUUGGGUCGAGGCGCGUGUGGCGCGGGGAUCCGAUGGCAAUCCCACUGUGCAGCCUACGAAUACCACACUACCAGAAGUGCGCGAGCAGUGGCAUUCAAACAGAGUCGAUGCCCUCUCGCUACCCUCCGUAAAAUUCAUGACCCCACGCGUUCGGGUCGUCCAGUACGCUUCGAGGCCAGUGGUCUCCAAGAUUGCCAGGUUUGAUUUUGAGAUCCCGCGGAUGGAAAGAGAAACCGCAGCGUAUCGAGCGAUCGACGGGUGUGAUGUGGGCCCAGCAUUCCUUGGGCACAUCGUCGAGGGUGAUAGGGUGAUAGGGUUCUUAGUAGAACAAUUGCACGGACGACCAGCUGGUCCAGAAGACUUACAGGGAUGUCGUGAUGUGCUACAGCGCCUGCAUGCACUAGACAUCAUUCACGGGGAUCUGAACAAACACAACUUCGUUGUGGCGUCAGACGGAACUGUCACGUUGAUCGACUUCGAGAAUGCGAUGCUGUGUAGGAGUGCUGAGCAGAAGAACAAGGAGCUCGCUACUUUGCCUGCGCAGCUGCGUGAGACGACAGGUCGAGGGGGCGUGGUUCUGAGACAAUUAGUCUACUGAAUGUACUGUUCGAUUUUUCGAUCGCAUAGUGGAAAGCAUUUUUGCCUGAA